CUUGUGGCAGUGUGAGAAAUCGGUUCUUCUUGCAGUAAACAAAGAAAGACUGUAUGUGGAAGGAUUACAUCCAGCGAAUAAGUCCUCCGGGGAACUUUUAUGAUGGUUAAUUAUGUGGGUAUUGUAACACGUACAAUCAAAGGACAUUUAAACUGUAAUAGGUCGAAGUGUUAACGCGCUCCUGCACACAGUGAUUUAUCAACCUUUUCCAGACAUUUCCGCACACUUGAAAUUUCUUCCUCUGAGAGCCCCUGCCAAGUCAUUAUUGCCCAUAACCUGCAAGAUAAAUGUCCACUUUUUGGUAAAAUGUUGGGUAAACUAAGGAAAACAUAAAAGGUUCAAGGAGUGCGAUAAACACUCACUGUCAAUUUUUAAUGUAUACAUGAUUAUAGUAGCAGGGGGCAUCCAGUGGUGGUACCUACUGUAUUUUAUAAACUCAUCAUAUAUUUGUAUGUCAAACAUGAAUCUGAAAAGUAAUGCAAAGAAUCGAUAUUUUCCUCUAGAAGAGUAGAAGCAUAAAAUGAAAACAUUAAAGGGAAGAAUAAGUCCUUCAAAACUGAACUUAAGCAUAGUAUUCAGUAAAUGUACUCAGCUAUUUUCCACCACUGACUGUAGAUUAUUAACAGUUUCUAACUGUAGAAACUUUGUCUGUGUUUACUUUGCUGUGUGGGGGAUAAAAAUGUGUAUAUGAGAUGAAUAUAUAUCUAUUGUACAUUCCUCAAUAAAAAAAUGAUCACAAAAAAAACUUCUAACUGGAACAAAACACUCAGAAACAACUCGUUUAUCCUCAGUUCAUCUCCAGUUAAGAAAUUCCAGAGAAACACAUUGUACCUUUAACAAAUUUUGAUUGCAAAUGUCUUCUUGCUGUCUCUUGCUGCUGACUGUAUACACAGUUCAGUUGGUGAAGGAAGGCCACAGAGCACACACAGUGUACACCAAGGCAAAUAAAUUUGCAUGGUUACCAGUUGCACUGGAAAUAUUGCCAUUCAAACCAGUAACGGUUAAUGUGAGGACUUAUGUAUUCAGGCUGAGUGGGUUCAGUGGAUGAGAAGGAAUGAAAGGACGAGGUGGUGACAGCACUGGUGAGUAGACGGUGAAAUCAAGGACGUGAUGCGAUGGCGUCAAGUCUGACUCCUGGAUGUCUUGUGAUGAGCGACCUCCUGACUAUCAGAGAGAAAGGUGUCCUCUUCACUCUGCUUGAACCUCAGUAUAAGCUGAUCAAAACUACAGUAGCACAGGUGCUCGUCGCCAAAGAGACCCAGGGUGAGAGUCCAGGCUGGAGUGUUUUGGGGUGUGGUGCAGUGUGCCUCAUUGAGGAUGAGUCUCUUCAUUCCUACUUCCUGUGUCUCUAUUGUGUCAAGCGUGCAACAUUAUUGUGGAAGCAGGAGCUGUAUAUCCCAUUCAAGUACACAGCAACUCGCAUGUUCUUCCACACUUUCCCCGCAGAUGGCCACCAGGUUGGCAUCAACUUUGCAAAUGAGACCGAGGCUGAGGAAUUUCAUCUUGCGGUGGAGGCUGUUCAAAGAGACCAGGAAAAAAUGAUCAGGAAGAUUGAAAUGACAAAUGGCACAGAGGACGGCUCAAUAAGUGACCCAUAUGGUUCAGGAAGUAAGGAGUUUGAGCAUUUGGACGAGGAGCAACAUUUCCCCAUGGACACAACGUCCGAAAAGAUUAUACCAGCCACCAGUUCAGAUCUGAGUUGGCUGCAAACAAGACUUACUGGGGAAAACCCGAAAGACAAAGACAUUGCCGAAGCUGUCGACUGCAUCAUCAACCAAUCCAUAGGAUUAAAAGAUUUCAGCACAGUGUCUCAAACACUGCCUCGAGCUACAGGGGCAUCGAUCUCUCUUGCUCUGAGGAAAGGGCCUUUGCCGCCAGUUCCCCCCAUCAAGGGCAACACCACCUCCCAGCAAACACCACAGCAUUCAGGAACACUAUACCAGAGUCCGAUUCCCCCUUGGAUUCCUCCUCCUCCAUCGACUCCUGCUCCAGUUGUCCCAGAGAGGAUCAGAAAGAGUGCAAGUUUCAAACAUAUGUGCUGCUCAACAUCUGAAGAAAGAGGUGACCUGAUCCUGACAGCACUGAGACAAGUACUCAGGAAAAGGCAGCUGGGUGCAGAUGGGAGUCAAAUGGGGUCUGACACAGAUGUGCAGUGAUGUCUGCCCUAAUUGUUUUUAUCCGCGCUGUUUAUGAUGCAUUCAUUAAAAAACUGAACUGCU